AUGACUUCAACACAAACAUAUGUACCGACAUCUGUUAAUCAGGCAAUAACACCCCCAAAGACUCCGGAGUCCCAUGGGUAUCAGAAGGUCUUUCACAAUUGGCCGGAACCAGAAAGUGAGCCCGAGGGUAUCUAUUUGCACCACAAGACAGAAGUUCCCCGCCUGGAAUCUGAUUCGAUUCAUAAUUCGAACCUAGACAAUGUAUCGCAUCAAGAAGUCUUACUCUUGCAUGGCGCAAAGCAAAGAUAUACCCAUGCAGUAGAGCAAGCAAUACCUUCCUUAGGGGAUGAUAGAGAAAUGCUCGUUGCAGUGGAGGUUAUUGGUUUGAAUCCAAUCGAUUGGAAAGCUCCCGACUUUGGCUUUGGACUGCCUUCUCUCCCCUGUAUAAGUGGCCGAGAUUUUGCUGGAAAGGUGGUAAAAUCAUCUCAAGCAAAUUCGAGAUUCAAACCUGGAGAUACUGUUAUGGGAAUUUCCACUGAUUAUCGAGAUUCUCGGAAAGCUGCAUAUCAACAAUAUGCAAUUGUUUCAGACUUCAAUGCUUGCAGGCUUCCAAGUACCGUUAGUCCAAUCGAUGCUGCACCACUUGGCGUUGCCUUUGUUGCCGCUGCCCUUGGGUUAGGCAUAUGUUUAGGAGUAAAUUUUGCCAAUGGCGAGGGUGAAAUUCAAGGGCCAGAUCUUUUCCAAGCAAUCCGCUCCAUAACUAGAGAUUCUAUUCCACAUGAUGUCAGAGCAGAAUGCUUUGAUAGUAUCCGAGAGGAUGAGAGGCCUAAACCAGGGGACUGGAUAGCGAUCUGGGGAGGUUCUUCUGCUACUGGGUGUUGCGCAGUCCAACUUGCAAAACUGGCAGGACUCAGAGUUAUUGCAGUAAUAGACGUUGCUCGAAGUGGUGAACGUAUGUUGAAACAUGGUGCAGAUCUCUUGGUGGAUCGUUUUGACACUGAAAGGGCGAUAUCCAUCGUCAAAGGUAUCACAAAGGGAAAACUCCGCUUUGGACUUGAUACGAGAGGGAAAGAAAGUACAGCCCUUCUCGCACAAACCAUGCGUUCAGAUAGCGGACUAGAAGGGAAAAGGGCGCAUCUUGUUGGCUUGACCGGGUUGCCAAAGGAACCAACUCCAGGAGUGCUAUAUCAUUCCGUUCCUAUCAAGACAUUUCAUGAAGCACCAAACAUCGGUGAAGGAUUAAUGAUCUGGUUGGAAAGACUAUUCGAGCAAAAAAGAAUAGCGACUCCUGAAAUUGAGAUCGCGCAUGGUGGGUUACAAGGCAUAAACGCAGCACUUGAUAGACUGAGGGAUGGUUCAGUAAAUGGUCCAAGAAUAGUUGUACCAUUAGGACUGAGAAGCUAA